UCCUGCAGCCAACAUGGCGGCCCGCACACGGCUGCCCUUGCUGUUCCCCAGAAACCUGCCUCCGUUUCGGACCCAGAGGCUCACUCACACCGAGGCUGAGGUGAAGCAGCCCGCGUACCCGCCGGUGGUCGCCUCUCUCACGGCCAAGAGCAAGUCCGCCCGGCUGCGGCAGAUCGAGGAGUAUGUCAAAGUGAUCCGCGCCGCCCCGCUGCAGGAGAAGCUGUCCCUCAUCACCCGCAUCCAGCGGAAGAAGUUCGUGGUUUACCCGCAGACGUUCGCCCGGAACGCAGACAGAUGGUACCAGCACUUCACCAAGACCGCCUACAUCCCGGGUCUGCCCGACAAGUUCGGCCCUGUGGCGGAGGGCAGCUCGCCGUCGGCCGCGGCUCAGACCGCGGUGCCGGGGAUCAGUGAUGAUGCGUUCGCGGACCUCCGCUCUCUGGUGACCCGUGUGAUCCUGCAGGAGCAGUGGCACAUGAAGAAACGCGAACCUUUCCUGUACAGACACCAGGAGCAGACGGUCGGACCUCUGCUGAGGAGCCUGGUGACCGAACUCACGCACAGUCUGGGAAAACACAACCCGCUGCUGCUGCUGUCCAGCCUGGAUCUCGGUGCUCAGGUGAACUUUUACUGGAGGAGGGGACAGAGAGUCAUCCCCAAAGGCCACCGGAGACGCCACUUGGAGCCGACCAGGUUCCAGAUCGACGACCGUCCGCUCAGCCAGAUCAGAGUCACUCAGCAGCUGCCGCAGUUUGUCCCUCUGGAGGACUCGUAUGCAGCUGAAGUUCCUGAGGUCACGUGUGCGCCCAACCUGAUGCCGAUGUUCAGGAGACAGUACGACAACAACAUCUUCACAGGUGCCAAGCUACCAGACCCGGCGUGCUACGGUCACACUCAGUUCCACCUGGUGCCCGACAGGUACCACAGAGACCGGAUGAGUCGGCUGCAGCAGUCUGACCAGGUGGAGGUUUUCCUCAGAGCCAAUGCCAUCGCCAGCCUGUUCGCCUGGACAGGAGCUCAGGCCAUGUACCAGGGUUUCUGGAACCACGAAGACGUCACCAGGCCCUUCGUGUCUCAGGCCGUGAUCACCGACGGCCACUUCUUCUCCUUCUUCUGCUACCAGCUCAACACCGUGGCUCUGUCAGUGGAGACCGACGCCAACAACCCCAGAAAGAACCUCCUGUGGGGCACGGAGAGCCUGCGCCUGUACGACAGCGUGCAGGACGGAGAGGUGGUGGGUCUGAACGACGGCGUCAUCCAGCUGCUGCUUCGGUUCCUCAUGAACCAGCCGUAGAGUCGUGCAGAGGCUUCAUGUCUCGAUGUGAAGAUGCAAGAAUCCAAGAGAAGGAGCUGGACAGUGUUCAGAAGCAGAAGAAUGUGGGUCAAACUAAACACUCUGCACACACACCCCUGAUUCCUACGGAGCUCCUGAGAGGUCACAGCGGGGACGUUUCUGGACGUCGCAAUAAGUUCUAAUACAUGUAUGAAGGGAAAGGCUCCACAGAUGCUGUAAUAAAGAGAUGUGAGAUAUGA